AUGCCGCCACCCAGGCCGCCUUCGCUGAGCCCCGCCCGUGUCUCUCUCUCAGACGACUGUUUCCUGCCCUGCGUGGUGGGCCGCUGCCGGGCUGCCUUUCCCAGGUGGUGGUACAACGCAACCAGCCAGGCAUGCCAGGAGUUCAUAUUCGGGGGCUGCGGAGGCAACGGCAAUAACUUCGGGUCGAAGAAAGAGUGCUUCUGGACAUGUGUCCGAGGUGGAGAAGAGGAGACAGCGGGCACCCCGCUGACCGACCAGAGAGGGGCCGAGAAGCCUGCCACGGAGGCUGCGCCCACCUCUAGCCACCGUCGCCACCGUCCUGCAGAGGACACGAUCCGCUUCCAAGAGCACUGCGCUGCUCCAAGGGUGACGGGCCGCUGCCGCGCCUCCUUCCCCCGCUGGUUCUUCGACAUGGAGACCCGGACCUGCAAGAUGUUCAUCUACGGCGGCUGUGGGGGCAACAGGAACAACUACCUCCUCGAGGAGGACUGCCUGAGCCAGUGUGCGGCGGGCGGCGGCGAGCUACCCGGAGAGGAGGACUCCAGUGCCCACGGCCGCCUCUUUCCCGACUCAGCUCUGCAUUCCACCCGAGCCGUGAUUCUGGCCGUGCUCCUGGCCCUCCUGCUGGCUUCUCUGGUGCUGGUCGUGGUCCGGAUCUGCCGCCAAGGCCGGGAGACUUCGCUGAGCACCGUGUGGAGCACCGUGGACGCCGACAAAGAGCUCCUGAUGAGCAGCGGCUACACCCUCUGAAGGGGGGGGCCUCCUCGGGCUGCUUGCGUGUAAAUAGGAAGGGGGGGCUAGCCCUACUAUGAGUGUGGCUGGGCGGGGCUCUCUCUCUCUAGCACACGGAUCAUAAAUCUUUUCUUGGGGCUCCUUUUCUUGUGUUUGGCUUUUGACUCUUUCAGCACGGCUCCAUCCAGCGAAAGGGCCUCUUCCCCCGAACCCCCCUCCACCCCCACCGCCGUGAAGGUUUUGCUUUUUCCUGCCUCAGGGGACUUGGCUGGGCUCUGACCGGGGUGCAGAGGGCUCUGAAGCGAGCAGCAGUGCCCCCUCGUCUGUGGGGCUGGCCUUGCCCGGGGCGGGGGGUGGGUGGGCAGCCGUCCUGUUGCCACUGUGUGCAAGCAUUGGCCCACCUGGGGGGUGCCAGCGAGCAGGCAGAGGAAGGCCAGCCCCACAGGCUCUGGUGGGGGACUGUGGUCCUGCACAUGGGGGUUCUCUCUCCAGCCCCCUCCCGGGGAGGGAAGUAUUCACUGGUUCAAACCACUUCCAGGCGAGGAGGGGGCUGGCGGGGCUGGGGGUCUCCGUGGAAGGUGGGGAGAGAGCUCUUCUGGUGCUGCAGUUUCUUGGGGAAGUCAGCCCCCCACCGGCUGGCUGGCCCCGGCUCCUCCUCCUCCGCAUAUCUGCAGGGUUCAGGGUCCGUACUCUCUCCACCUUAGUUGCCUCUUGCCCGGGCUGCAUGCUGCGGGGCCUCUGCCCAGAACACCCCCGUGCCUCUCCCCCUUCCCCAUAAGAGAGGGGCAGCAAGCUUGGUGGUGGUGGUGGUGGGAGCCCCAGGCAGUGAGUGC